UUCUGCCUAAUCACAUUAUCUGUUAUAAGUAUAAGCAGGGUAUGAGCGAAUGUAAUUUUGUUUCCACAAGUCCCAUCUUGAGAUCAAAUCUACUUUGUGCCAGGAAAAGAAGACUAAGGAAUAAAAUGAAAGUGGCGGUGAUCGGAGGUGGAGUAAGUGGGUUAGGAAGUGCCUACGUUCUUGCAAGGGAAGAUGGAAUCAAGGAGGUGGUGUUGUUUGAAAAGGAGGAAUCGUUUUUUGGAGGCCAUGGUAAAACGAUGCGUUUGGAAGGAGUUGAUUUAGACAUUGGAUUCAUAGUCUUCAACCCUGUUACGUGUCCGAACAUGAUGGAGUUAUUCAAGAACUUGGGAGUAGACAUGGAGGUUUCAGACACGUCUUUCUCAGUGAGCCUCAACAAUGGCAGAGGCUACGAAUGGGGAACCCGCAACGGACUUUCAAGCUUGUUUGCUCAGAAGAGAAACAUUCUCAACCCCUAUUUCUGGCAUAUGAUUACAGAGUUUAAUAAGUUUAAGGAAGACGCACUAAAAUAUAUCGAAGAGAUGGAGCGUAACCCUGACACUGAUCGAAACGAAACCUUAAGAGAGUUUCUCAAGUCUCAUGGAUACUCUACCUUGUUUCAAAAGGCUUACUUGGUACCAGCAUGCAGUUCCAUAUGGACAUGCCCACCAGACAGCGCCCUUAACUUUUCAGCUUACUCUGUUCUUUCCUUUUGCCGCAACCACCAUUUAUUUCAGAUCUUUGAGAGGCCACAAUGGAUGACUGUUGCAGGUCGCUCGGAGACUUAUGCCGCAAAGGUUAGAGCAGAACUGGAGCAACGAGGAUGUAAGAUCCGAACAAGUUGUAAUGUACAAUCUGUUUCAACAUCUGAGGAUGGUUGCAUCUUAGUAACAACCGAAGAUGGAUCUCAGGAAGUAUUCGAUAGAUGUAUAUUAGCUGUAAACGCACCAGAUGCUCUGAGAUUGCUUGGAGAAGACGCCACCUCUGAUGAAACCAGGGUUCUUGGUGCUUUUCAAUACGCUUACAGUGAUAUUUAUCUCCACCGUGAUUCUGAUCUGAUGCCGCGGAAUCGUGUUGCAUGGAGCGCUUGGAAUUUCCUAACAAGUUCUGAAAAUAAAGCGAGCCUGACACAUUGGCUCAAUAUAAUUCAGAAUUUUGAAGAGGAACAAGAUUCAUACUUUCUCACACUUAAUCCUGAAGUUAGCCCAAAGAAGACAUUGUAUAAGUGGACCUCUGGUCGUCCUCUGCCAUCUGUUUCUGCUUGGAAAGCUUCACAAGAGCUAAACAAGAUUCAAGGGAAGCGUGGUAUAUGGUUCUGUGGUGCAUAUCAAGGCUCUGGUUUUCAUGAAGAUGGGCUAAAGGCUGGUAUGGGGGCUGCACAAAGUCUGCUAGGGAAAGAUAUGGUUCCUCUUCCGAGCAAUCCAAAACAUAUGGUCCCAUCUCUAACCGAAAAGGGGGCUCGGUUUUUAUUUACUAGAUUCUUGAGACAUUUCAUAUCAACCGGUUGUGUAACAGUAUAUGAAGAAGGAGGAACAGUGUUCACUUUCAAAGGAAAGGAUUUGAGAUGUAACUUAGAAUCUGUCAUGGAGAUUCACAAUCCUCAUUUUUACUGGAAGGUUAUGACACAAGCAGAUUUAGGACUUGCUGAUGCCUAUAUAAAUGGAGAUUUUUCGUUUGUUAAUAAAGAAACAGGACUUCUCAAUUUGAUCAUGAUUCUCAUUGCUAACAGAGAAUUGAACUCAAAGAACUUAAAUCUUGCUAAGCUAGAAUAGAAAAGAACCAUGAGGUUUUAGAGAUUGGAUGUGGAUGGGGAACUUUGGCCAUUGAAGUUGUGAAAAACACUGGAUGUAAAUACACUGGUAUUACACUAUCUAUCGAACAGCUUAAAUAUGCAGAAGAAAAGGUUAAAGAAGCUGGACUUCAGGAUCGGAUUACAUUUGAGCUUUGCGAUUAUCGUCAACUAUCUGAUGCUAAAAAAUAUGACAGAAUCAUAUCUUGUGAGAUGAUAGAACAUGUUGGCCACGAGUUUAUGGAUACAUUCUUCAGUCACUGUGAAGCUGCGCUUGCAGAAGACGGGAUCUUUGUCUUGCAGUUCAUAUCGAUACCCGAAGAGCGUUACAAUGAGUACAGACUAAACUCGGAUUUCAUAAAAGAAUACAUAUUCCCCGGUGGAUGCCUUCCUUCCUUAGCCAGAGUUAUUUCUGCCAUGGCCUCUUCUUCUCGGUUGAGCGUAGAAAAUGUUGAGAACAUUGGGCUUCAUUACUACCAAACAUUGAGAUGCUGGAGGAAGAACUUCUUGGAAAAUCAAAAACAAAUCAUGGAUCUUGGAUUCGAUGAUAAGUUCAUAAGGACGUGGGAAUAUUACUUCGACUAUUGUGCAGCUGGUUUCAAGACUCUUACUCUUGAAGACUACCAGGUAGUGUUCUCACGUCCAGGGAAUGUAGCUGCAUUCGGAGAUCCAUUCCGUAACUUCCCUUCUGCUCAUAAUUAAAUAAGAGUAGAAGAACCCUUUCAACACUUUUUAAGCGAUAGCAGGAUAUUACAUGAUUUGGUAAAGCCGUAACCACUGAUUUGAUAAUCACCUCCUUCCCCCUUUUGGUAAAGAACUUAAAAGUCCAUCCAUUAACUAUGUUGUUUAAACGAUCAUGUAUAAAACCCAAAACCCGUAU